AUGGUACAGACGAGGACGACAGUGAGAAAUAUUGACCAGUCAGUCAUUAUCGAAAAUGUUCAGCCGUUGAUGCCAGAUAAUCAGUUCAACACCAUGAGUUUGCCGAUCAAGGAAAUACUCGACACAUCAAGCAAACACGAAACUGAGAAACUAAGGCCUCCACGCCAUUAUAGCCUUCGUAGUUCGAGGAGAGAAGAAAUAAAGAAGGUUGUUUCGGAGGAAGCUUCUAGAACUUGUUCUAGCGAGUCGAGUGUUGUAAUUGAUGUGCAGAAUGAGGAGAAUCGUGUUUGUGAUACUCAAGUAAAGUACGAGAAUUCUUCAAUGUCGAGUGAGGAUCUUUCGGCAUGUGUUGUUGAGGAUUCCGAAGAAGAAAGUGAGAUAGAAAUAACCACCAUCAGAAAGAUCUUUUUAUGUUGA